AUGAUUCAUAUACAACUCGGACGUUCAUCAACGAUGAGGCUGCUAACAAUUAUUUCGUUAUUCCAUUUGCAACUCAUACGCGCCCAAUUUUUCGACAUGAAGUGUAACUAUACGGAAGCUAGUUUGGAUUACUAUAGCAAAAGGAUUUGCAAUUCCAUUGAUUUGAAAGUUGAAGAGCUUGACCAAGUGUUGGAUAGUGUUGAUGGCGCCAAAACCGAACUGAACGAUGUGAUUGGCUUAGUUAUCGAAAAUCAAGUUUUCCGGUAUAUCCCGUAUUUCCUUGAUGUGUACAUGCCGAAAUUGUCGCUGAUUUAUAUAAUUUCAUCGGAAUUGAGAUUGAUCAGUAAAUAUGACCUCGAACCGUUUCCCAACCUACGCGAACUUGUUCUAGAGGAUAAUCAGCUGCAAUACCUUGAAGGCGACGUAUUCUCAUUGAGUACGAAAAUUAAGCACUUACGAUUGCAGGACAAUAACUUGUUUGUCAUCAAUGGUCCCAUAUUCAAACCGUUGAAACUGUUGACUUGGAUGGCGAUUUCACUGCCGUGCAUGUACAAAGAUUGUUUUUCCAAUGAUUGCGUUGCGGAAACGGUGUUCGAGUUUACACUAAAGUGUGAAUAUGACUCAAUUUAUCCGGGAUUCCAGGAAUACUUUAAAUUUUGGUUGAAUACAAUUGAGGAAUGCGAAGGCGAUGAAAGUGUAAUUGAUUGAAUGAAUAUAGGUUAUAGCAUU